AUGCAAACCCCUCAAUCUUUUCCCAAAAUCGACCCAGCAAUCCCCAUCUUCCUCGAACAGCAAACACCCACGAACCCCCUCAUCAUCCUCACCUCAAUAAAGACUCAGAUUGCCGCCAUCUACUUGACAGCCAAAGCAAAACCUCAUGACGAAACACCUCCACAUCUAGACCAAUCCACCUAUCUCGACAUCUACAACACGACCCACAAUUUCUGCCUCGCAACAACAGCCUCAGACACUGCAGGCUACGGUAAACUCCUCUACCACCAUCUAGACCCAGAAAUCCGAGCCUACUGCACCAACAUCCACGACCUCAUCUUCAGUAACAACAAUACCAGCGAUGUAAAAGCCUCUAGACAGCUUCUAACCUCCUACAUGUCAGCCUAUCGCAAAUUCGCCGCACUGGCAAGAUUAAUCCAAAACCUAUUGCAGAGUUGGGAACGCCAUUGGUUGCGCAGACAAAAAGACGAGAAAAAGAUCUCUGUGGCUUCGAUUGAGGAAUUGCAUAAGAUUGUGUGGAGAGAAGAGGUAUUAGGGAUCGAUGCCAAGGGUGCAGAGGACAAAAAGUGGUUUGAGGCGUUGGUAGAUGCGGUUGCGGUUUUGAGNGAUACAGAGGGAGGGAUGACGGAGUUUGAUUUGUUGCUUGCGAGGGAUGUGGUUAGGUCUUCGUCUUCGAUGGGGCUUACGCUGGAUAGUUGA